AUGACAAAGCAGGCUGUGUUGUCAAGGCCUCUGAUAAUUCUGCUUUUAUUAUCACGCUUGAUUAUUCAAUCCUUAUUAAUCUCAUAUCGUUGCAGUAGUGAUCAGAUUGUUGUUGUUCAAAGUUUUGGCAACGACACCAUUCGAAUGCAUUGUCAGAAACCAACUAUCUGUGGUGUUAGUAAUUUGAAAUGCCGUUAUGACCCUAUGAAGUUACAAUGCGGUGGAAAAACUAAUUUCGUCUCUCAAGUAGACCAAUUUUCACCUAUUUCGCGAGUCGUACAAACCUGUUGCACUUUGACAGUGAAUAAGGAUGUUCAGAUAGAAAGCCAUAAGGGAAAUGAUUGCUUUCUUUAUGAUUUACCGGACGGAACAAAUGGAACAUCAGCAAAGGCAUUGGAAGAGAACGACAAAGAAGGCUACAUGUUGCUGAAAAAUAUUAACAAAAUCUCUGAGCAAUUUGAUAAUUAUUCCGGUUAUCGCUUAAGAUAUUAUAUGCUCAGACAGAACAAGCCAUCACAACUUAUGAUUAAGAGCAUUGAACGAAAUGAAGCGGGUUUUCGUGUGACCAUUUGUCGUCCUCAGUGUCAGAUCAGUAAUGAAAAACAAAUAAUAGAAGCAAGAAAGUAUGGAACCCAACAGAAGAUGUAUGUGAAAACUCAAGUAAAUCAAAGCAAACAUAAUAAAUCACUUACAAAUGAAACUAAGGCUAACAAAUUGGCACAAAUAAAUCAAAAUUUAACGGGAGAUGCAUACUGGAUAGUUGCCGCGUGGAAAAGAUGGUUUCACUCGCAAUGGUUGCGAUGGAGUAGGUUCAAGUGGAUCGAAUCUGACUCGUAUAAUGAGACCGAAAGCCGGAAUGAUCAGAACAAAACUGCUAUCUAUCCCAAUCACGGAACAGCAAUCGUCGAUUUAACAGGAGAAUCCAAGCAUAUACCGUCCAAUAAAAUAAUAUUCGGCAUGUGA